GCCCAGCCGUUCCCCAAUCCCCAACUCCACAACCAACCAGCUUCCGCGAUGUCGCUCCGCCGCUUGCUUGGCCUCUCCGCCGCCGCCGCCGCCGCUGCCCCCGGACGCCUCCGUCGCCGCUCCCUCGCCACGGCCGUCACGCACCCUUCCUGGUCCAUCAUCAAGCGCAACUCGCUCGUGGCGUACGACGAGACGGCGCCCGUGCUCCUCUACGACCCACCGCUCGUCUCCGAUGUGCAUCCCCCGAUGCACCUCAUCCAGACCAGCGGCACCCCCGACCCCGAAUCCGGCGUCAUCCAGCUGUUCCCCGGCUCCGUCUGCGCCGCGAGCGGCGACGGCCUCCUCCUCCUCUCCUACUUCGAGGUGCGCAUGAGUCCCAUCCUCCCCAAGUACGACAAGAGACCUGCCAUGGCCGACCCCGACUACGUCCCCGACAACCGCUUCGUCUGCAACCCUGUCACCGGCGAGAUGUCCCGCCUCCCGGACAUCGUUCCUCACCAUGUGAGGGAGGCCAUCUGCGGCAGCCACACGGGUCUCCUCACCCGAGCCGGCCGUGGCCACGACGGGCCGCCCGACGAGUUCGCCGUGGCCGAGCUGCAGGGGAACCAGAUGGUCCGGUUUCUCUCGGAGACACAGGAGUGGGAAACCGUGCCGGUCUCGCCGUGCCAGCUUCCGCACGCGCGGCAGAUGGUCCUGGACUGGGAGGUGGUGGCCUUCCGCGGCCGCCUGUGGUGGCUCGACGUCACCUGCGGCGCCAUCUCCGCCGACCCGUUCACCGACGCUCCCGAGCUCCGCUUCGUCGAGCUUCCCAAGAACAGCGUGCUGCCUGCCGCCGCGCAGGAACGCUGCGGGUGCGGCCGGCCCCACGGCUGCGGCAGAUCCACGCACCGGCGCCUCUGCGUCAGCCAAGGGCGGCUCUGGUACAUCGAGUUCUCUCCGGCGGAGCCGUUCCUGCUCAGCGCCUUCGCGCUCGACGACGAGGGCACCGGCUGGACGCUGGAAAACCAGCUACACCUCAGCGGCUACCAGGGAAUGGCACGCCACCUCCCAUCGCUACAAGUUGGGUUUCUAGACCCACUCAGGGCUGAUCGCAUGCACCUGUCGGCUCGCGUCGCUGCUCCCAAGGAUGCCAAAGGAACCUCCGUCAUCCUCGUCGUGGACAUGAAUCGCCACCAGAUUCUCAGUUACCCUUGUAUAUGGGCCGACCCCUCCUUCGUGCCCUCUGUGUUCCCGCCGUGGCUUGGCUCCACCCGCAUCCCUUCUGCAGGCAAGACAGACAUCAAGAAAGACAAGACUUUGGCAGAUGUUCUCGUUCGCGCAGGCAGUCCUUAGAAGAGAUGAAGGUAGUGAGGCUAGUAAUAUUUUUUAGCAUCCAAGUUUCUUAAAACUAACAGCAGCUGCUGCUCUAAUAAAUUAGGAAGCUGAUGGUGGACAAAACGGUCAUUUCAGGAGUCCCGAUUUGUCUUGUAUCUCUUUUGGGUGGUAAUCUGGGAGUUCUUUCAGACUUUCAGUUCAUGGUAGAACACCAGCGGAGUUGCUAAAUUAAUUUGGCAUCUAAGGACUAUCACUGAACAUCGUAUGUAUAUGCUGUGUUUCUAGCAAGACAUUGCAUCUGUAGGAAAAGAUUGAUGCUUCCACAUGUUAACUCUUAUGAGAAAUCUUUUUAAGGGAUUUAAUCUUAUGUUCA